AGAUUGAGAUAAGGCAGAAUUUUAGCACAAUGAGGUUUAGCAUAGUGAUCUUUACUGGUUCUUUUAGCACCACUCACAACAGUUAAUAUGGAGUUAAGUGUGAAAUAUACCUAAAACGUAAUAAUUCCCAGCACUUUGUGAUUACAUAACUAUGUCCAACGUGCUAUGUGGUAGGGCAAGUUCACUGGCACCUGUCAGACAACUUGUUUGUCUUGACAAGGAUAAUCAUCAUUGUUUUCUACACAAUCACCAAGUGAAUCUGCACUAUGGCCAAGAAACCUGACAGACAGGUGUGUAAUCCACAUAAAGUAAUCCACAAACAUACUUUUCUCAUAUCUGAGACUGUAGCCUGUAUGUGAACGACUGCUGUAAAUCUUAUGCUCUCCUUACAAGAGGCUUUUCAGAUGCCAGAAGACAACAAGAGUCGGGAUGGCAUUACGAAAGGCAGUGCAAUGCAUAGUUAUUCUCCUAGUCAUAUGGAACUGUCUGAAGUAUGAGGGACACAGAGAGUUUCUAAAUGGCUUCUUUGAGGAGUUAACGAGUGCAGAACACUCCAGCAUUCAUCUAAGACAAAAAAGAGAAAAAAGAGAAACUUCCUCAAAUUCCACUGAGUAUGAGCUCCAAGCUGUUAUAAGCAUCUCAGACCUGAAGCAUUUCCAGUCAAUACUGAAUACUCUCAGUUUUCCUUUAUCGAUCAACACCACUGGUGAAAUUACAAGCAUUAAUACAACAACAGUGUGUUCACCAAACAUCACUGCAAACAUAACUGGAUACCAGUGCACAUGUGAGGAGAGCUUUGCUUGGUCAUAUAACAAAUGCAUUAACUAUGGGGCCUGUGAUGCCAUCGUUGGUGAUACAUGUGGAUGCAUUAAUGGACUUCCAGCAGAUGGGCAAUACUGCCAGUUAAACACCAGCCAACCAGGGCCAGUGGAGUUUGAUAUAGACUUCAACUUGCUCUUCCCAAUAUCCAGUCUACCCCAAAAUUUCAUUGAUCUGUUCAGAGACUAUGUGGGAAAUUUGUCAUUCCCCCAAACCAUCACUCAGUCUUUAAUAAUAGAAGAUUUGAACUUCACCACAUGGUGCAAUCCAAACUCCACUGAAGGACUGCAGUGUCAGUGUGAGGACCAGUUUGGUUGGUCAUGUGACAAGUGUGUCCUGUACGGUGCAUGCAGUAAUGUCACCUCACAAACCUGUGGGUGCAUAAAAGGGCUUCCUCCUGGUGGAGAGUUCUGUCAACCAAUCUCAAGUAUUUCUCCAUGUCCAACACCACCUCCUGAGUCAGUGGAGUUUAAUAUAGACUUGCUCUUGCCAAUAUCCAGUCUGCCCCCAAACUUCAUUGAUCUGUUCAGAGACUAUGUGGGAAAUGUGUCAUUCCCCCAAAACAUCACUCAGUCUUUAAUAAUAGAAGACUUGAACUUCACCACAUGGUGCUAUCCAAACUCCACUGGAGGACUGCAGUGUCAAUGUGAGGGCCAGUUUGCUUGGUCAUGUGACAAGUGUGUCCUAUACAGUGCAUGCAGUAAUGUCACCUCACAAACCUGUGGGUGCAUAAAAGGGCUUCCUCCUGGUGGAGAGUUCUGUCAACCAAUCUCAAGUAUUUCUCCAUGUCCAACACCACCUCCUGAGCCAGUGGACUUUGAUAUAGUCAUUGAACUACGAAUCCCAGUAUCCAGUGUGCCCCCAAAUUUCAGUGAUGAAUUCAGACACUAUCUGGAAAAUUUCUCUUUCCCACAACUCAUCACUCAGUCUUUAAUAAUAGAGGACUUGAACUUCACCACAUGGUGCUAUCCAAACUCCACUGGAGGAAUGCAGUGUCAGUGUCAGGACCAAUUUGCCUGGUCAUGCGACAAGUGUGAAGUAUACGGUGCAUGCAGUAAUGUCACCUCACAAACCUGUGGAUGCAUAAAAGGGCUUCCUCCUGAUGGAGAAUUUUGUGAACCAAUCGCAAGUAUCGCUCAGUGUCCACCACCACCUUCUGGUCCAGUGGACUUUGAUAUAGUCGUUGACAUCGAAAUUCCAGCAUCCAGUGUGCUCCCAAAUUUCAAUGAUGAAAUAAGACACGCUUUGCGAAAUUUGUCCUUCCCAUAUCUCAUCACUCAGUCUUUAAUAAUAGAGGACCUAAAUUUCACCACAUGGUGCUAUCCAAACUCCACUGGAGGACUGCAGUGUCAAUGUGAGGGCCAGUUUGCUUGGUCAUGUGACAAGUGUGACGAAUACGGAGCAUGCAGUAAUGUCACCUCACAAACCUGUGAUUGCAUAAAAGGACUUCCUGUCAGUGGGGAGUUCUGUCAACCAAUCACAAAUAUUUCUUUAUGUCCAACAACAACAACUCCUGUCACAACACCAUCAACAACAUCACCUACACCAACAUAUGUGCCAGUGGACUUUGAUAUAGACCUUGAACUGCACAUCCCAGCAUCCAGUGUGCCCCAGAAUUUCAGUGUUGUGCUCAGAGACAUUCUGAGAAAUUUCUCCUUCCCCAAAAUCAUCACUGGGUCUUUAACACUGAAAGACUUGAACUUCACCACAUGGUGCUAUCCAAACUCUACUGGAGGACUGCAGUGUCAGUGUGAGGACCAGCUUGCUUGGUCAUGUGACAAGUGUGAAGUUUACGGUGCCUGCGGUGAUGUCAACUACCCAACCUGUGAUUGCAUAAAAGGACUUCCUCCUAACGGAGAGUUCUGUCAACCAAUCACAAAUAUUUCUUUAUGUCCAACAACAACAACUCCUGUCACAACACCAUCAACAACAUCACCUACACCAACAUAUGUGCCAGUGGACUUUGAUAUAGACCUUGAACUGCACAUCCCAGCAUCCAGUGUGCCCCAGAAUUUCAGUGUUGUGCUCAGAGACAUUCUGAGAAAUUUCUCCUUCCCCAAAAUCAUCACUGGGUCUUUAACACUGAAAGACUUGAACUUCACCACAUGGUGCUAUCCAAACUCUACUGGAGGACUGCAGUGUCAGUGUGAGGACCAGCUUGCUUGGUCAUGUGACAAGUGUGAAGUUUACGGUGCCUGCGGUGAUGUCAACUACCCAACCUGUGAUUGCAUAAAAGGACUUCCUCCUAACGGAGAGUUCUGUCAACCAAUCACAAAUAUUUCUUUAUGUCCAACAACAACAACUCCUGUCACAACACCAUCAACAACAUCAACUACAUCAACAUAUGUCACAACUCCAUCAACAACAUCACCUACCACAACAUAUGUCACAACACCAUCAACAACUUCACCUACACCAACAUAUGCACCAGUGGCUUUCUAUAUAGCAGUUGAAUUGCACAUCUCAGCAGCCAGUGUGCCCUCAAAUAUCAGUGUUGUUCUCAGAGACAUUCUGAAAUAUGUCGCCCCCCCUCAAAUAGACUCCUUAACAGUAGAAGACUUGAACUUCACUACAUGGUGCUCUCCAAUCUCUACGGGAGUGCAGUGUCAAUGUGAGGACCAGUUUGCCUGGUCAUGUGACAAGUGUGACGAAUACGGAGCAUGCAGUAAUGCCACCUCAGAAACCUGUGGGUGCAUAAAAGGGCUUCCUCCUGGUGGAGAACUCUGUCAACCAAUCUCAACUUUCAAUCCAUGUCGACCACCAACUAGAACAACGACAAUGACAACGACAACACCAACAAUGCCAAAUACAACAACACCAAUGCCUGUUACACCAACAACAACAACAACCACAACAAUCACAACACCAACCACAACCACAACAUUGACAACAACACUGAUAAUACAGAUACUUGAAAUUACUAUGGAUGUUGAAUUCAAGGAAGAAUACAAUCAAGAAACCAAUGAGUUUCACAAAACUGUUAGCAAAACUAUCACAGAUGAAGCAGCGAGCCAAGGAAUAAAAGCAAAUUUAAUUCAAUUCCGGAGUGGAAGUACCAUUGCCCAGUAUAAUGUCAGUGCUCCCUCUUCUAUUACACCAGACUUUCGGGCACUAAAUGUUAAAAUAUUUAACAAGCUGGCAGAAUCAUACCCUAUGAUAUUUGAUGCCUCGGGUACCCUAAUGUUUUCACCAACUGAUGGAUUUUAUGAGCAAACGGUGACUGUGACAUGUGGCCCUCCACCACUGGAUCUCAAUUUUGGCACUGUCUCAGCAGCAGAAUGGAGACUUAAUACAGUGCUCAUAGCUGAAGAUGGAGGACACACAAUUUCAGUUAAGGAUGGAAUAUCAACCUUAACUGUGUCAAGGUUUAUUAGCUCUGACGAUGGAGAAUAUGAAUGUAGGCUCAUGCGCAAAAAGGACAAAACAUUUUUCCGACAGAAAUCUGCAACCUUCAGUCUGAAAACGAAACCCACAAUCACCGUCUCACCAGUCAGAGAGUAUGUGCAAUGUCAGGGAGGAAUUGUGCCUCUGAAGUGCAGUGUGAGUGGUGGGUACCAGGUUGAGUUUCAAGAGUAUUCUGAAGCAGGCACUGGUAAUUCGAUUACCUAUAAUUAUAUAACACCUCAAGGUUGUCAAAAGCAGGACAAGCCAUUCACCUGUCAGUCUAAAACCCAACCUGUAUUUACAAAAACAAUAACACUGCAGUUAUCCCCAGAGGAAGCUCACUGUGUUGAUGAAAAGUUUGGUAAAGGAAAUGAAGGUUUCAAAGCUGCAGUGCCUUGUGAGCCAAACCAGGUAGGAGAAAUAACUGCAGUGUGUAAGGAAAACCGGCAAUUUGGAGAUAUUGAAGAAAACUGCAUCCUACUACCUGUUCAAAAGCUGCUUGACGAGUCUGAGUUCUUGACUGCCAGUACAUUGCCAGUAUUUUUGGAACAGCUCAGCAACAUCACUGUCAAUUUUACUGGUGAAGUGAUUAAAUCUCCUCCCAACGUUAAGGCUAUUGUGAGAAUACUCACCAAUGUAGCCAACAAAUCUUCAUCAUUAGAUAUUUCAAUUAGCAAUGAUUCAAUGGAGAAUGUCCUCAUUACGGCAGGGGUUCUCACCAUCAAUGGAACAACAUGGAACAUUCUGAACAACAAUGACACCAAAAACAUCUCAAACAGCACUGAUGCUGAAAGUGUCAGCUCAUCAUUUUUGGACUCUCUUGAAAACAUAACAUCUCAUCUUGACAAUACAACUUUUGACAUUAAGACAGCAUAUAUUCUGUUAAACAGAACUAGAUUCACAGACACUUUCAGUGCUGAACUGAAUUCUUCAGUGGCAAUUGAAAUACCAGAGGCUGAUGGAGAAAUAAAAACAAUCACUACGAUACUAUUUGAAUCGUUGGAUAAUGUACUCCCUGCAAGAGAUGAGGUCAAUUCAUCGUUCAACUCUAUAAACGGCAGGAUUGUACUUGUUCAGUCCACUGGUGACAUCAAUAAUAUUUCUUUCACAUUUGAUAUUUUAAAUGAUACACUGGGAAACCCUGAAUGUGUCUUCUGGAACUUCAGCCUCUUUAAUGGUCUCGGAGGAUGGGACAAUGAGGGAUGUGAGGUAGUUUUAAACAUAAAUGAAACUGGAACUGUCAUCUGCAACUGCAACCACCUGACCUCAUUCUCCAUCCUCAUGUCACCGAAUAGCCCAAAGAAACUCUAUUUGGACAUUAUAACCUACAUUGGAGUUGGCAUUUCCAUGGGUUCCUUGGUCAUAUGUCUCAUUAUUGAAGGCCUCAUAUGGAGAAAAAUAAGAAAGAAUGAAACCUCUUACUUGCGUCAUGUUUCCAUAGUCAACAUCGCUGUCUCUCUUCUGAUUGCAAACAUUUGGUUUAUAAUUGGAGCGGCCAUUUCAGAUGCAGAAGUUAAAAACCCCCCAGCAUGCACUGCAGCUACUUUUUUUAUCCAUUUUUUCUACCUAGCAUUGUUCUUCUGGAUGUUGGCCUCGGCUAUGUUGCUGCUCUACCGGACAACUAAUGUCUUUGGUGGGGGUUUGACUAAAGUAUCUAUGCUAGCCAUUGGAUUCUCUCUAGGCUACGGAGCUCCUCUCAUUAUUGCAACAGUAACUAUAGCUGCAACUGCACCUGACAACAAAUACAUCCGAGACAAUGCAGUCUGCUGGCUCAACUGGGAUGAGUCCAAAGCUCUACUGGCAUUUGUGAUUCCUGCACUUUCAAUAGUGGUGAUAAACCUCAUUAUCUUGGUUGUGGUUUUGUACAAAAUUAUAAGGAGAAGAGUUGGAACAACUGCUGCACAAGCAGAUGAAAGGCACGUUUUACUGGUUAUUGUCAAGAGCUUGGCUGUGCUCACACCAUUUUUUGGCAUAACUUGGGGUUUGGGAGCUGGGAUUCUGGCUGAUCCAACAAAUGAAGGAAUCCAUAUUGCAUUCGCAUUCUUCAAUUCGUUACAGGGCUUCUUUAUUUUGGUGUUUGGAACACUGCUGGACAGUAAGGUGCGGUCAGCAAUAGCAUCAUAUGCACAACCCUCCAGAAGUAGGACAGGGAGCACAAGUGCUGGAAACUCAUCAUCAAGUGGACUUCAAUUUUUAAGGAACUGGAGACGUGGAAGAGAUGGCUACAACAUGACAUCCAGUGCAUCCAGUGAUUUGCAUUCAGCUAGCAACACAUGAUGUACGCAGAAAGCUGUGGUCAUUGAAAUAACCAACAAGAAGUCAGGCUUUUUUUUCUCUCCUUUUUUUCCAUAGUAGCAAUAAGUUAAUCUGUUAUUGUUUUGUUUAUAGCUUAUAUAAUAUUUAAUCCAAAAAGAAUCAGGCUUGGUUUUAAGGAAACCAAAUAAGGGAAAAUAUGUAAUCACCAAAAUAUUUUUGAAUGGCAUAAUAAAUGUUGGAAUUGUAGUGAUAACUUCUAAAACAUUUAUGUCAUCUUUGAUUUUGAUUCGAAUUUAUGAUUAUCAACACAGCAUAGAGUACAGAUUUGUAGUUAUACUAAUAGAUUUUUAUCAAUCUAUGUUUCAACAGUUUUAGAAGAAAAGAAUUGAGUGUACUUAUUCUAAAGAGAUGUCCGAUGUAAACAUAAUCAAAACAUUGCACUUGCAAUAUACACCAAUCAGUGUAUCAAUGAGACCUGGUCGCCUGUGACCCAGUGACUGGUUCACCACUGCCCACUUUGACCAUGACAGACCAAAAACACCCCACAAGAGCUGCAGUUUUGGAGAUGCUCUAAUCCAGUCAUCUAGCCAUCACAAUCUGGCCCUUGUUAAACAUGUUUCCUGCUUCUAACACAUCAACUUUGGGGAAAAAAUGUUCCCUUAAUUCGUAAUAUAUCCCACCCACUAACAGGUGCCAUGAUGAAGAGAUAAUUAAUAUUAUUUACUUGACCUGUUUGUGUUCAUAAUGUUAUGUCUGAUCGGUGUUUAUCUGUGGAUGUGUGCUUGCAUGCAUUCACACAGGUUGCAAAAAAAUAUACUGAGAUUCCACUUUUACUCAAAAUGUUUACCAUUUUCUACAUGUAUUCAUCAUAAGCUAAUUUUAAAUACCAAACUACCUUUGUUAAAGAAAGUUUUGGUGUUGCUCAUUUUAUAAGCUUGGAUAUCAGGAAAUCUAUUAUCUCACAAUCUUGCAGUUUCAUUCUGUGUCAGUACGUAUUAUGGCACACAAUCCGAAAAAUAUCCUCAUGAAAAUUCUUAAUUAAGCUGUAAUAAUUUCAUUCAUUCUUAAUUCAAUAAUUUCUGGUAAUUUUUUUAUUCUGUAUAUUUUGUGAAGUAGUCCUGUGUUAUAAAGACGAAGCAGAUGUCAGGGCACUGUUGCACCUUAGCUAGAUCUGAUUUCUUAAUGCUGACAUUUUUCAUAAUCAUGUUAAUUUUACCCAUAUUUUUUUCUUUGCAGAACAGAUUACUGUUAUACUAAUUAGCACCUUCAUAGUCUUUACUAGCUACUCAAAGAUAAAAUAAAUAUGCUUUCUGUGCGUCUUUUGUA